CUGAAACCAGUCACCAGAUAAUCCCUAUUCCAGAAACUACACCAUCUAGAAACAUAGAGAAAGAACAGGAUUCAGUAGCCUCAGCUUCUCAUACUCCUGAAUCCAAAGGCAUAUCAGUUGAAUCCAAUCUGCAAAUGGUGCAAUCAAGCAAAAUAAUGGAGUUAGACCCACUUCCCUGUACUCCAGAAGCA